AUGAAGUUCUAUUGCAGGAGCCUCCUCAACAAGACCAAGAGUGAGAUGACCCCAGAGGAGCUGCAGAAGCGGGAGGAGGAGGAGUUUAACACCCAGCACCUGUCGGUGCUCACUCAGUCGGUCAACACCCAAGUGCUCAUCAACUGUCGCAACAACAAGAAGCUGCUAGGCCGCAUCAAGGCUUUCGACAGCAGCCUGGUGCUGGAGAAUGUGAAAGAAAUGUGGACCAAAGUCCCCAAGAGUGGUAAGGGCAAGAAGAAGUCCAAGUCCGUCAACAAGGACCGCUACGGCUCCAAGAUGUUCCUUACAUGGGGCUCUGUCAUUGUGGUCCUGUGGAACCCACUCAUCGCAGGCAAGUAG